GGGUAUGCGCACGAGCGACCAUUGAGCAGGAAGGAAGGAGAGAAGGAAGGAUCGAAGGGGGAGAGAGGCAAGGAAGGGAGGAAAGGAAGGAGGGAGCGGAAUUAGUCAGCGAUAGAGGGGAGGAGAGGAGGCGAGGCGGCGGGUUGUUAUGCCGAAGUGGACGUGGCGGGUCCGGCGGAGUUAGCUACAAGUGACCGAGGCGGACAGCAAUGCACCGGACCAACCGCAGGCUGGUUCCAGUCCGGUGUGGGUGGUGACCACAGCAGUGAGGAAACACUCUCAGGAACACGCUCCCCCCCGCCGCCACUCAGGACGGGUACAUUUCUACAGCAGAGGGAGGGAGGGAGGAAGGACCCGGGCGGAGAGGGUUUUGGUCCCGAGCGCUACCCGAGGUGUUGUACCGCAGAGAGGUGAGGAGGAGCAGCCCCGCCCCUCACCAUGACGGACUUGGAGGCUGAUUGUUUGAGCCUCGGCCUGCCCCCCGAGUGCAGCUCCCCUCCCCCUUCCCUAGACGCCCCCCUGCAGGUGGACUGCGUCCCGGAGGUAGCUGAGCCUCUGGUGAUGCUGCCGUGCGUGAAGAGUGAGCCGGAGGACGGAGACCUGGAGCCUAUAUGCACCGUGGAUCUGUCGGAGAUCCAGCCACUGUCCACCGCCGAGCUGGGCCACGAACAGAUCAAGAUGGAGAUCAGCGGCCUCGACUACAUCAAGUCGGAGCACCACGGCCACCACGGGGAUCAGCACCUGGACCACUUCAGCCACAGCGACGCCACGGAGCUUGAUUACAAGUCCCACUACGAGCCCAGCUCUGUUUUUGACUACAUCUCCCAGGUGACGGACACGCUGGAGUACAUCAAGUCAGACCAUCAUGUGGACCUGCAGUGUUACUACACGGAGCUGAGCGGCCUGAAGUGUGAGUACCCCGAUAACAUGUCCGGCCACCUGCAGCACAACAGCCUUGAGUCCAUCCACAUGGCCGAGCUGCGCACCGAACUCAACAAGCUGCGGCCCGACGCACUGCUCAUGGACGGCAUAAAGCUGGACCCCGAGUUUGGAGCCGGUGCACUGUACGAGCUGCAGCCGACCGAGGUGGGGAAAGCGGCAGGGGAUGCGGCGGGGCAGGGAGGAGGCGCAUCAACCAAAUCCCAGAACGCCGCAAUGAGGAAAGCUCGCAACAUGCAGGGGGAGAAGCCCUUCUCCUGCACGCAGUGCGGGAAGAACUUCAGCACGCUGGGUAAUCUGAAAACUCACCAGCGCAUCCACACCGGAGAGCGGCCCUACACCUGCUCGCAGUGCGGCAAGAGCUUCGGCCAGGCGGGGAACCUAAAGCGCCACCAGCUGAUCCACACGGGGCAGAAGCCCUACGUGUGUGCUCACUGCCCCAAAGGCUUCACCAAGGCGGAUGACCUGCGCUCGCAUCAGCGGCUGCACACUGGCGAGCGGCCGUUCAUCUGCGUCACCUGCGGGAAGAGCUUCGGCCAGUCCAAGGAGCUGAAGGCACACCAGCUGAGCCACACAGGAGAGCGGCCUUACUGCUGCCAGCACUGCGGCAAGAGCUUCACCAAGGAGUCCAGCUACCGCAACCACGUGCAGAUCCACACGGGCGAGAAGCCCUUCACCUGCUCGCAGUGCGGCAAGACUUUCAGCAACUCGGGUGUACUAAAAACCCACGAGAAGAUCCACUCGGGUGAGCGGCCUUUUGGCUGCACGCAGUGCGGGAAGAGCUUCGGCCGCCUCGGACACCUGAAGGCUCACCAGCAGAUCCACACAGGGGAGCGGCCCUAUGCCUGCCCCCACUGUGGGAAGACUUUCAGCCAGUCGGGCCACCUCAAAGCUCAUGAGCAGAUCCACAAGCGGGAUCGUGCUGACACGGCCUGCAGCAGCAGCAGCAGCAGCAGCAGCAGCAGCAACAGCAGCAGCAGCAGCAGCAGCAGCAGCGGCAGUGGGGGGGGCAGCGACAGCAGCUGAACUCCACACCCUUUAACCUCUCGGAGAAACAAAGUAUUAUUACUCUUUUUUUAUAAAUACUAUAUAUAAAGUUUUUUCCUUAUGAAUCUUUUCUUACAUUUUCAUACCUUUUGCAUUAUAUCUGUGGGCAGGGUGCUCUGACUGAUUUGCUCUUAUGCAAGUGUCUGCGUGUGUUCAUGUACUGUAUGUGUGUGUGUGGGGGGGGGGGGCUGUAGAUAAUCUUUAAACUGAAGUCCCACUACUUAUUCUGAUACAAGCACAAAUACUUCAGUGACCAAUCUUGAGUACUUCAUUUAGUUUUUUACUGAAAAAGACCAGCAGCUGAACCAGGACCGUGUUUACUCUUCGUCGAUACUAUUAUUAGUAGUAUUGUUAUGAAUACUAUUAUUAGUAGUAUUGUUAUGAAUACUAUUAUUAGUAGUAUUGUUAUGAAUACUAUUAUUAUAUUUCACCAGCGCUCACAAGUUUCCUUAGCACUUCACAGUGAGUACUUGUUGAUUACACUUCACAGUUAAGUGUAACAGAAUACAGAAACUUUUCGUACUUUUAUAGCCUCAUUCUAAAUGUUUAUCUGGAUAAAAUCCAGAGGCAAUUUACUUCACUUCUGUUUACACUCAAAAGAUGUAAAAUAUUGUAUGUAAAAAAAAAAAGGUGCCGAGCCAAGAGAGUUGACGUUACAUAAAAAAAGCCCUCUGAGAUUAAAGUAGUACAUUUAUGAAAAAAGACUUAAUUACGAGAAAGACAACCAAGAAGUAAGAGAAAAAUGAUCUGAGAUGUUUUCUGAGAUUAGUGGUCUUUUUUUUUCUUUUUUUCUAAUUAAAUAUACUAUUUCAAUCUCAGACGAUUACAUGUUUUUUCCUCAUUACUGUACAACUUUCAUUUACAUGCUGGUACAAAUUUGAACAUUUUCAGAUUUAAAAAAUGUAAACAUUAAUUUUACAAAAACAAUAAAUGAAUCUUUAAAAACCCAGAAGGAAAUAGGAACUUAAUUUGCAUUUCUUUUUAAAGUUAAUUCAAAUAAAGAAGGCACUUCCACUAACAGCGUAGUUAAAAUCAUCAAAUUAGUUUGAAUUAAUAUUCCAUCAAAUUAAUUUUCCUCUAUUUACAAAAUUAAGUAGAGAGUUAUGAGAGUAAAUACAGAUCUAGAGUCACAUCAUAUAAACUACAAUAAAAGUAGGGAUGCACAAUCUUUAUUAGACCCAAUAUAAGGAUGUCUAUCAUGAAUUAUAAUCCAAAUAAAGCCUACCAUAGGAAGAUUAGAAGAAGUAUACAGUGUGCAGACAACAAAAACGGAUUUUAUGUUAUUUAAAAAAGGUUUUGUUACCAACAAAUGUGCUCAUUAGACUUUAUUUUGAAUUUUAAUCUUCUAUUUUUAUCAAGUUAUCAACUUUUUUUUAAAGUGAAUUGGCUGAAAAACUUCCAUUGCGUUCAUCCCUACUAAAAUAAAUAAUGAACUGAAAAUGAAACACUUAACCAAAACAUGGAAACGUUCACACCUUUAAUUAUCAGUCUAGCUGCCAGUUUAGUGAACCUGGAAAUGUUGAGUACCCCAAAGUUGAUGGUAGUAUAAUACGGUCCCCAGCACAUAGAAACUGCCGGAUGCUAACUUGCAUACAUUCGGCAGUUUGUACCAUUAGCAUAAAAAUAUGGAGGUUAUCAUCCGGCUAUUUGUAUGUGCUGGGACCCGUACUAUACAUCUCUAACAUAAAACUGAACUUCAGGGCUCAAAACAAAUGUCCUCUCCUGGUUUUACCUCAGACAGCACCAUGAUUAAAAACAGAGUCCAGAUUUAAGAUAAGGGAAAAAUCCUUUCAAAAACAGACAGAUUAAAAAUCUUUUUGUAUUUUUGCUAAACAGGGUCCUGGUUCAGUCAAAGUACAUUUCAAUCUUUUGCCAAGUGUGUACUAGUACUUCCUGUUUGAGUACUUCCUGCCAGUUUACUCGUGUUUCUUCCCCGCGCUGGGAGAUUACUGUAUUGUUAAAAACCUAAUGAUAUCAUUUAGUGUUUUUUUUACUGCCUAGUAUUGAUCAGGAGGUACCGCAGUGACGAUAAUCUGCUGAUUCGACAUUCCUCUUGGUUUUUGUAGCAGGAUUUAAAAUCAUUCCAGUUUUUAGCGUUGUCGGGCUCCACAAGGACCAAAAAAACCCAGACGGCAGCACAAAGAGCCCGACUCACCGAUCGCUCACUGUGGACACAUCUUUAUUACCGCAUUCCUAAUAAAAUAUAAGAAGAAAAAAAAGAGCGUCUUGUACUGGAAAAAGAUUAUUAAAGAAACUAAUGACAA